CUUUACUGCCUUCACACACACAAUCUUUAAACAGCACAUGUGAGGCUUCAGCAGUCAGUGGGACUCAAUAAGCAUCAUGAAACUCUGUACAUUAAGCGGAAAACCUCAAACGACUCUCCUGAGUCUGUUUCUGUUUCAGCUUCUCACAUUUAGCUUUGGCUCACUUGCUGCUGCAGUCUCAUAUUCGGAUGUUGUCACUGGUCUCAAUGUCGCUAGCAAAACCACAUCAUCUGUGUCUCUAGCCUGGAAUGAGCCACAAGGGAGCAGGUCCUUCUUUACAGUAAACUGGACUAAUGGCACUGUGACUAACAGCAUUAACACUUCUAACAUGUCUUACAAUGUCACUGGUCUGAUUGCUGGAGUGAGCUACACAUUCACUGUUACUGCAGUUGCUGCAGAUAACCAAACUACAGGAGCAUCAACACAAAUCUCAACAUUCACAAAUCCGAAUGUUGUCACCAGUCUCAGUGUCUCUGGCAAAACCACAUCAUCUGUGUCUCUAACCUGGAAUAAGCCACAAGGGAACAGGUCCUUCUUUACAGUAAACUGGACUGAUGGCACUGUGAAUAACAGCAGUAACACUUCUAACACGUCUUACACUGUCACUGGUCUGACUGCUGGAGUGAGCUACACAUUCACUGUUACUGCAGUUGCUGCAGAUAACCAAACUACAGGAGCAUCAACUCAAAUCUCAGCAUUCACAAAUCCGAAUGUUGUUACCAGUCUCAAUAUCUCUGGAAAAACUACAUCAUCUGUGUCUCUAACCUGGAAUGAGCCACAAGGGAGCAGGUCCUUCUUUACAGUAAACUGGACUGAUGGCAGUGUGAAUAACAGCAUUAACAUUUCUAACACAUCUUACAAUGUCACUGGUCUGACUGCUGGAGUGAGCUACACAUUCACUGUUACUGCAGUUGCUGCAGAUAACCAAACUAGAGGAGCCCCAACUCAAAUCUCAGCAUUCACAUAUCCGAAUGUUGUCAGCAGUCUCAAUGUCUCAAGCAAAACCACAUCAUCUGUGUCUCUAACCUGGAAUGAGCCACAAGGGAACAGGUCCUUCUUUACAGUAAACUGGACUGAUGGCACUGUGACUAACAGCAUUAACACCUCUAACACGUCUUACAAUGUCACUGGUCUGACUGCUGGAGUGAGCUACACAUUCAAUGUUACUGCAGUUGCUGCAGAUAACCAAACUACAGGAGAAUCAACUCAAAUCUCAGCAUUCACAAAUCCAAAUGUUGUCACCAGUCUCAAUGUCUUUAGCAAAACCACAUCAUCUGUGUCUCUAACCUGGAAUGAGCCACAAGGGAACAGGUCCUUCUUUACAGUAAACUGGACUGAUGGCAGUGUGAAUAACAGCAGUAACACUUCUAACACAUCUUACAAUGUCACUGGUCUGACUGCUGGUGUGAGCUACACAUUCACUGUUACUGCAGUUGCUGCAGAUAACCAAACUACAGGAGCAUCAACUCAAAUCUCAGCAUUCACAUAUCCAAAUGUUGUCACUGGUCUCAAUGUCUCUGGCAAAACCACAUCAUCUGUGUCUCUAACCUGGAAUGAGCCACAAGGGAACAGGUCCUUCUUUACAGUAAACUGGACUGGUGGCAGUGUGAAUAACAGCAGUAACACUUCUAACACGUCUUACAAUGUCACUGGUCUGACUGCUGGAGUGAACUACACAUUCACUGUUACUGCAGUUGCUGCAGAUAACCAAACUACAGGAGCAUCAACUCAAACCUCAGCAUUCACAUAUCUGCAAAUCAACAGUCUCAGUGUUUCUGGCACAACCACGUCAUCUGUGUCUCUAACCUGGAAUGAGACACAAGGGAACAGGUCCUUCUUUAUAGUAAACUGGACUGAUGGCACUGUGACUAACAGUUUUAUCACUUAUAACACAUUUUACAAUGUCACUGGUCUGACUGCUGGAGUGAACUACACAUUCACUGUCAUAGCAUUUGCUGCAGAUUACCAAACUACAGGGGCAUCAACUCAAAUCUCAGCAUUCACAAAUCCAAAUGUUGUCACCAGUUUCAAUGUCGCUAGCAAAACCACAUCAUCUGUAUCUCUAACCUGGAAUGAGCCACAAGGGAACAGGUCCUUCUUUAUAGUAAAUUGGACUAAUGGCACUGUGACUAACAGCAGUAACACUUCUAACAUAUCUUACAAUGUCACUGGUCUGACUGCUGGAGUGAGCUACACAUUCAAUGUUACUGCAGUUGCUGCAGAUAACCAAACUACAGGAGAAUCAACUCAAAUCUCAGCAUUCACAAAUCCAAAUGUUGUCACUGGUCUCAAUGUCUCUGGCAAAACCACAUCAUCUGUGUCUCUAACCUGGAAUGAGCCACAAGGGAACAGGUCCUUCUUUACAGUAAACUGGACUGAUGGCAGUGUGACUAACAGCAGUAACACUUCUAACACGUCUUACAAUGUCACUGGUCUGACUGCUGGAGUGAACUACACAUUCACUGUUACUGCAGUUGCUGCAGAUAACCAAACUACAGGAGCAUCAACUCAAACCUCAGCAUUCACAUAUCUGCAAAUCAACAGUCUCAGUGUUUCUGGCACAACCACGUCAUCUGUGUCUCUAACCUGGAAUGAGACACAAGGGAACAGGUCCUUCUUUAUAGUAAACUGGACUGAUGGCACUGUGACUAACAGUUUUAACACUUAUAACACAUUUUACAAUGUCACUGGUCUGACUGCUGGAGUGAAGUACACAUUCACUGUUAUAGCAUUUGCUGCAGAUUACCAAACUACAGGGGCAUCAACUCAAAUCUCAGCAUUCACAUAUCCAAAUGUUGUCACCAGUUUCAAUGUCUCUGGCAAAACCACAUCAUCUGUAUCUCUAACUUGGAAUGAGCCACAAGGGAACAGGUCCUUCUUUAUAGUAAAUUGGACUAAUGGCACUGUGACUAACAGCAGUAACACUUCUAACAUAUCUUACAAUGUCACUGGUCUGACUGCUGGAGUGAGCUACACAUUCACUGUUACUGCAGUUGCUGCAGAUAACCAAACUACAGGAGCAUCAACUCAAAUCUCAACAUUCACAAAUCCAAAUGUUGUCACUGGUCUCAAUGUCUCUAUUAAAACCACAUCUGUGUCUCUAACCUGGAAUGAGCCACAAGGGAGCAGGUCCUUCUUUACAGUAAACUGGACUAAUGGCACUGUGACUAACAGCAGUAACACUUCUAACACGUCUUACACUGUCACUGGUCUGACUGCUGGAGUGAGCUACACAUUCACUGUUACUGCAGUUACUGCAGAUAACCAAACUACAGGGGCAUCAACACAAAUCUCAGCAUUCACAUUGCCUGAUGUUGCCAGCAAUCUCACUGCCUUUAACAAAACCACAUCAUCUGUGUCUCUAACCUGGAAUGAGACACAAGGGAACAGGUCCUUCUUUACAGUAAACUGGACUGAUGGCACUGUGAAUAACAGCAGUAACACUUCUAACACGUCUUACACUGUCACUGGUCUGACUGCUGGUGUGAGCUACACAUUCACUGUUACUGCAGUUGCUGCAGAUAACCAAACUACAGGAGCAUCCACUCAAAUCUCAACAUUCACAAAACCUGAUGUUCCAACAAACCUCACAGUGACUGACAUUACAACAAGCUCAUUGUUUCUGAUCUGGACUCAACCAGUAGGAGAAAGAUUUUUCUUUAAAGUACAGUGGAGUAAUGACAACAUAACAAUGAAUUCAACAACCAGAAACACUUUCUUUUACAUUACUGAUCUCAGUCCUGGAGUCAGUUACACCUUCCUGAUAUCUGCUGUUGCUGCAGAUAAUAUAACAGAAGGAGGAGCAAUUGGACUUUCAGUCUAUACAAAGCCUGGCACUGUUAGCAACCUCACAGCAGUUAAUGUUACAACCACCUCUAUAUCACUGCAGUGGACUCAAGCAAUGGGAAAAAUUUCCCAUUAUGUAAUUAAAUAUGAGAAUUUCAAUACGACAGUCAGUGAGACUACUGAAAUCACCAACAUUAACAUAAAUAAUCUGACUCCUGGAGUACAGUACACAUUCAAAGUGUUUGCAAUUGCUGCUGAUAAAACAACAGAAGGAAAUUACAGCUGCAUUUCUGUCUACACAAAACCUGAUGUUCCAACAAACCUCACAGUGACUAACAUUACAACAAGCUCAUUGUUUCUGAUCUGGACUCAACCAAUAGGAGAAAGAUUUUUCUUUAAAGUACAGUGGAGUAAUGACAACAUUACAAUGAAUUCAACAACCAGAAACACUUUCUUUAACAUUACUGAUCUCAGUCCUGGAGUCAGUUACACCUUCCUGAUAUCUGCUGUUGCUGCAGAUAACAUAACAGAAGGAGAAGCAGUUGGUCUUUCAGUCUAUACAAAGCCUGGCACUGUUAGCAACCUCACAGAAGUUAAUGUUACAACCACCUCUAUAUCACUGCAGUGGACUCAAGCAAUGGGGGAAAUUUCUCAUUAUGUAAUCAAAUAUGAGAAUUUCAAUGUGACAGUUAAUGAGACUACUGAGAUCACCAGCAUUAACAUAAACAAUCUCACUCCUGGAGUACAGUACACAUUCAAAGUGUUUGCAGUUGCUGCUGAUAAAACAACAGAAGGAAAUUACAGCUGCAUUUCUGCCUACACAAAUCCAAAUGUUGUCACCAGUCUCAAUGUCUCUGGCAAAACCACAUCAUCUGUGUUUCUAACCUGGAAUGAGCCACAAGGGAACAGGUCCUUCUAUAUAGUAAACUGGACUAAUGGCAGUGUGAAUAACAGCUUUAACACUUCUAACACGUCUUAUAAUGUCACUGGUCUGAUUGCUGGACUGAGCUAUACAUUCACUGUUACUGCAGUUGCUGCAGAUAACCAAACUACAGGAGCAUCAACUCAAAUCUCAGAAUUCACAUAUCCUAAUCUUGUCACCAGUCUCAAUGUCUCUGGCAAAACCACAUCAUCUGUGUCUCUAACCUGGAAUGAGCCACAAGGGAACAGGUCCUUCUUUACAGUAAACUGGACUAAUGGCACUGUGAAUAACAGCAGUAACACUUCUAACAUAUCUUACAAUGUCACUGGUCUGACUGCUGGAGUGAGCUACACAUUCAAUGUUACUGCAGUUGCUGCAGAUAACCAAACUACAGGAGCAUCAACUCAAAUCUCAGCAUUCACAAAGCCUGACACUGUUAGCAAAUUCACAGCAGUUAAUGUUACAACCACCUCUAUAUCACUGCAGUGGACUCAAGCAAUGGGGGAAAUUUCCCAUUAUGUAAUCAAAUAUGAGAAAUUCAGUACGACAGUCAGUGAGACUUCUGAAUUCACCAGCAUUAACAUAAAUAAUCUGACUCCUGGAGUACAGUACACAUUCAAAGUGUUUGCAGUUGCUGCUGAUAAAACAACAGAAGGAAAUUACAGCUGCGUUUUUGUCUACACAAAACCUGAUGUUCCAAAAAACCUCACAGUGACUGAUAUUACAACAAACUCGUUGUUUCUGAACUGGACUCAACCAAUAGGAGAAAGAUUUUUCUUUAAAGUACAGUGGAGUAAUGACAACAUAACAAUGAAUACAACAACCAGAAACACUUUCUUUAACAUUACUGAUCUCAGUCCUGGAGUCAGAUACACCUUCCUAAUAUCUGCUGUUGCUGCAGAUAAUAUAACAGAAGGAGAAGCAAUUGGUCUUUCAGUCUAUACAAAGCCUGGCACUGUUAGCAAACUCACAGCAGAUAAUGUUAAAACCACCUCUAUAUCACUGCAGUGGACUGAAGCAAUGGGGGAAAUUUCUCAUUAUGUAAUCAAAUAUGAGAAUUUCAAUACGACAGUCAAUGAGACUACUGAGAUCACCAGCAUUGACAUAAACAAUCUCACUCCUGGAUUACAGUACAUAUUCAAAGUGUUUGCAGUUGCUGCUGAUAAAACAACAGAAGGAAAUUACAGCUGCAUUUCUGCCUACACAAUAGAUCCAAAUGUUGUCAGCAGUCUCAAUGUCUCUAGCAAAACCACAUCAUCUGUGUCAAUAACCUGGAAUGAGACACAAGGGAGCAGGUCCUUCUUUACAGUAAACUGGACUGGUGGCACUGGGAAUAACAGCAGUAACACUUCUAACACAUCUUACAAUGUCACUGGUCUGACUGCUGGAGUGAGCUACACAUUCACUGUUACUGCAGUUGCUGCAGAUAACCAAACUACAGGAGCAUCAACUCAAAUCUCAGCAUUCACAAAUCCGAAUGUUGUCACCAGUCUCAAUGUCUCUGGCAAAACCACAUCAUCUGUGUCUCUAACCUGGAAUGAGCCACAAGGGAACAGGUCCUUCUUUACAGUAAACUGGACUAAUGGCAGUGUGAAUAACAGCAGUAACACUUCUAACACAUCUUACACUGUCACUGGCCUGACUGCUGGAGUGAGCUAUACAUUCACUGUUACUGCAGUUGCUGCAGAUAACCAAACUAGAGGAGCAUCAACACAAAUCUCAGCAUUCACAUAUCCGAAUAUUGUCACUGGUCUCAAUGUCUCUGGCAAAACCACAUCAUCUGUGUCUCUAACCUGGAAUGAGCCACAAGGGAACAGGUCCUUCUAUAUAGUAAACUGGACUGAUGGCACUGUGAAUAACAGCAGUAACACUUCUAACACGUCUUACAAUGUCACUGGUCUGACUGCUGGUGUGAGCUACACAUUCACUGUUACUGCAGUUGCUGCAGAUAACCAAACUACAGGAGCAUCAACUCAAAUCUCAACAUUCACAUAUCCAAAUGUUGUUGUAAGUCUCAGUGUUUCUGGCACAACCAUGUCAUCUGUGUCUCUAACCUGGAAUGAGCCACAAGGGAACAGGUCCUUCUUUACAGUAAACUGGACUGAUGGCAGUGUGACUAACAGCAGUAACACUUCUAACACGUCUUACAAUGUCACUGGUCUGACUGCUGGAGUGAGAUACACAUUCACUGUUACUGCAGUUGCUGCAGAUAACCAAACUACAGGAGCAUCAUCACAAAUCUCAGCAUUCACAUACCCAAAUGUUGUCACUGGUCUCAAUGUCUCUGGCAAAACCACAUCAUCUGUGUCUCUAACCUGGAAUGAGCCACAAGGGAACAGGUCCUUCUUUACAGUAAACUGGACUGGUGGCACUGGGAAUAACAGCAGUAACACUUCUAACACGUCUUACAAUGUCACUGGUCUGACUGCUGGAGUGAGCUACACAUUCACUCUUACUGCAGUUGCUGCAGAUAACCAAACUACAGGAGCAUCAACUCAAAUCUCAGCAUUCACAUAUCCGAAUAUUGUCACUGGGCUCAAUGUCUCUGGCAAAACCACAUCAUCUGUGUCUAUAAACUGGAAUGAGCCACAAGGGAGCAGGUCCUUCUUUACAGUAAACUGGACUAAUGGCACUGUGACUAACAGCUUUAACAUUUCUAACACAUCUUACAAUGUCACUGGUCUGACUGCUGGAGUGAGCUACACAUUCACUGCUACUGCAGUUGCUGCAGAUAACCAAACUACAGGAGCAUCAACUCAAAUCUCAGCAUUCACAAAUCCAAAUGUUGUUGUAAGUCUCAGUGUUUCUGGCAAAACCACAUCAUCUGUGUCUCUAACCUGGAAUGAGCCACAAGGGAACAGGUCCUUCUUUACAGUAAACUGGACUGAUGGCAUUGUGAAUAACAGCAUUAACACUUCUAACACAUCUUACACUGUCACUGGUCUGACUGCUGGAGUGAGCUACACAUUCACUGUUACUGCAGUUGCUGCAGAUAACCAAACUACAGGGGCAUCAACACAAAUCUCAGCAUUCACAAAACCUGAUGUUCCAAAAAACCUCACAGUGACUGACAUUACAACAAGCGCAUUGUUACUGAUCUGGACUCAACCAAUAGGAGAAAGAUUUUUCUUUAAAGUACAGUGGAGUAAUGACAACAUAACAAUGAAUACAACAACCAGAAACACUUUCUUUAACAUUAUUGAUCUCAGUCCUGGAGUCAGUUACACCUUUCUGAUAUCUGCUGUUGCUGCAGAUAAUAUAACAGAAGGAGAAGCAAUUGGUCUUUCAGUCUAUACAAAGCCUGACACUGUUAGCAACCUCACAGCAGUUAAUGUUACAACCACCUCUAUAUUACUGCAGUGGACUCAAGCAAUGGGGGAAAUUUCUCAUUAUGUAAUCAAAUAUGAGAAUUUAAAUACAACAGUCAAUGAGACUACUGAAAUCACCAGCAUUAACAUAAAUAAUCUGACUACUGGAGUACAGUACACAUUCAAAGUGUUUGCAGUUGCUGCAGAUAAUAAAACGGAAGGAAAUUACAGCUGCGUUUCUGCCUACACAAAACCUGAUGUUCCAACAAACCUCACAGUGACUGACAUUACAACAAGCUCAUUGUUUCUGAUCUGGACUCAACCAAUAGGAGAAAGAUUUUUCUUUAAAGUACAGUGGAGUAAUGACAACAUAACAAUGAAUUCAACAACCAGAAACACUUUCUUUAACAUUACUGAUCUCAGACCUGGAGUCAGUUACACCUUCCUGAUAUCUGCUGUUGCUGCAGAUAAUAUAACAGAAGGAGAAGCAGUUGGUCUUUCAGUCUAUCCAAAUCCGAAUGUUGUCACCAGUCUCAAUGUCUCUGGCAAAACCACAUCAUCUGUGUCUCUAACAUGGAAUGAGCCACAAGGGAACAGGUCCUUCUUUACAGUAAACUGGACUGAUGGCACUGUGAAUAACAGCAGUAACAUUUCUAACACGUCUUACAAUGUCACUGGUCUGACUGCUGGUGUGAACUACACAUUCACUGUUACUGCAGUUGCUGCAGAUAACCAAACUACAGGAGCACCAACUCAAAUCUCAGCAUUCACAUAUCCGAAUGUUGUCACCAGUCUCAAUGUCUUUAGCAAAACCACAUCAUCUGUGUCUCUAACCUGGAAUCAGCAACAAGGGAGCAUGUACUCCUUUACAGUAAACUGGACUGAUGGCAGUGUGAAUAACAGCAGUAACACUUCUAACACGUCUUACAAUGUCACUGGUCUGACUGCUGGAGUGAACUACACAUUCACUGUUACUGCAGUUGCUGCAGAUAACCAAACUAGAGGAGCAGCAACUCAAAUCUCAGCAUUCACAUUUCCGAAUGUUGUCACUGGUCUCAAUGUCUCUGGCAAAACCACAUCAUCUGUGUCUCUAACCUGGAAUCAGCAACAAGGGAGCAUGUACACUUUUACAGUAAACUGGACUGAUGGCACUGUGAAUAACAGCAGUAACACUUCUAACACGUCUUACAAUGUCACUGGUCUGACUGCUGGAGUGAGCUACACAUUCACUGUUACUGCAGUUGCUGCAGAUAACCAAACUACAGGAGCAUCAACACAAAUCUCAGCAUUCACAUAUCCAAAUGUUGUCACCAGUCUCAUUGUCUCAAGCAAAACCACAUCAUCUGUGUCUCUAACCUGGAAUGAGCCACAAGGGAUCAGUUCCUUCUUUACAGUAAACUGGACUGAUGGCAGUGUGAAUAACAGCAGUUUCACCUCAAACACGUCUUACAAUGUCACUGGUCUGAGUGCUGGAAUGAGCUACACAUUCGCUGUUACUGCAGUUGCUGCAGAUGGACAGACUGCAGGAGCAUCAGCUUAUAUCGCAGCAUUCACAAUGCCAGAUGUUGCCAGAAAUAUCAGAUCUUUUAACAGAACGACAUCAUCUGUGUCUCUAAACUGGAAUGAGACACAAGGGAACAGGUCCUUCUUUAUAGUAAACUGGACUGAUGGCACUGUGAAUAACAGCAGUAACACUUCUAACACGUCUUACACUGUCACUGGUCUGACUGCUGGAGUGAGCUACACAUUCACUGUUACUGCAGUUGCUGCAGAUAACCAAACUACAGGAGCAUCAACUCAAAUCUCAGCAUUCACAUUGCCAGAUGUUGCCAGCAAUCUCACUGCCUUUAACAAAACCACAUCAUCUGUGUAUCUAACCUGGAAUGAGCCACAAGGGAACAGGUCCUUCUUUACAGUAAACUGGACUGAUGGCACUGUGAAUAACAGCAGUAACAUUUCUAACAUGUCUUACAAUGUCACUGGUCUGACUGCUGGAGUGAGCUACACAUUCACUGUUACUGCAGUUGCUGCAGAUAACCAAACUACAGGAGCAUCAACUCAAAUCUCAACAUUCACAAAACCUGAUGUUCCAAAAAACCUCACAGUGACUAACAUUACAACAAGCUCAUUGUUUCUGAACUGGACUCAACCAAUAGGAGAAAUAUUUUUCUACAGUGUACAGUGGAGUAAUGACAACAUAACAAUGAAUUCAACAACCAGAAACACUUUCUUUAACAUUACUGAUCUCAGUCCUGGAGUACAGUACACAUUCAAAGUGUUUGCAGUUGCUGCAGAUAAUACAACAGAAGGAAAUUACAGCUGCGUUUCUGCCUACACAAAACCUGAUGUUCCAAAAAACCUCACAGUGACUGACAUUACAACAAGCUCAUUGUUCCUGAUCUGGACUCGACCAAUAGGAGAAAGAUUUUUCUUUAAAGUACAGUGGAGUAAUGACAACAUAACAAUGAAUUCAACAACCAGAAACACUUUCUUUAACAUUACUGAUCUCAGUCCUGGAGUCAGUUACACCUUCCUGAUAUCUGCUGUUGCUGCAGAUAAUAUAACAGAAGGAGAAGCAGUUGUUCUUUCAGUCUAUACAAAGCCUGGCACUGUUAGCAAACUCACAGCAGUUAAUGUUACAACCACCUCUAUAUCACUGCAGUGGACUGAAGCAAUGGGAAAAAUUUCCCAUUAUGUAAUCAAAUAUGAGAAUUUAAAUACGACAGUCAAUGUGACUAUUGAAAUCACCAGCAUUAACAUAAAUAAUCUGACUCCUGGAGUACAGUACACAUUUAAAGUGUUUGCAGUUGCUGCUGAUAAUAAAACAGAAGGAAAUUACAGCUGCAUUUCUGCCUACACAAAACCUGAUGUUCCAAAAGACCUCACAGUGACUAACAUUACAACAAGCUCAUUGUUUCUGAUCUGGACUCAACCAAUAGGAGAAAGAUUUUUCUUUAAAGUACAGUGGAGUAAUGACAACAUAACAAUGAAUACAACAACCGGAAACACUUUCUUUAACAUUACUGAUCUCAGUCCUGGAGUCAGUUACACCUUCCUGAUAUCUGUUGUUGCUGCAGAUAAUAUAACAGAAGGAGAAGCAGUUGGUCUUUCAGUCUAUACAAAGCCUGACACUGUUCGCAACCUCACAGCAGAUAAUGUUACAACCACCUCUAUAUCACUGCAGUGGACUCAAGCAAUGGGGGAAAUUUCCCAUUAUGUAAUCAAAUAUGAGAAUUUAAAUAAGACAGUCAGUGAGACUACUGAUGUGACCAGCAUUAACAUAAACAAUCUGAUUCCUGGAGUACAGUACACAUUCAAAGUGUUUGCAGUUGCUGCUGAUAAUAAAACAGAAGGAAAUUACAGAUGCAUUUCUGUCUACACAAAUCCUGAUGUUCCAAAAAACCUCACAGUGACUAACAUUACAACAAGCUCAUUGUUUCUGAUCUGGACUCAACCAAUAGGAGAAAGAUUUUUCUUUAAAGUACAGUGGAGUAAUGACAACAUAACAAUGAAUUCUACAACCAGAAACACUUUCUUUAACAUUAUUGAUCUCAGUCCUGGAGUCAGUUACACCUUCCUGAUAUCUGCUGUUGCUGCAGAUAAUAUAACAGAAGGAGAAGCAGUUGGUCUUUCAGUCUAUACAAAGCCUGACACUGUUAGCAACCUCAUAGCAGUUAAUGUUACAACCACCUCUAUAUCACUGCAGUGGACUGAAGCAAUGGGGAAAAUUUCUCAUUAUGUAAUCAAAUAUGAGAAUUUCAAUACGACAGUCAAUGAGACUACUGAAAUUACCAGCAUUAACAUAAAUUAUCUGACUCCUGGAGUACAGUACACAUUCAAAGUGUUUGCAGUUGCUGCAGAUAAUAGAACAGAAGGAAAUUACAGCUGCGUUUCUGCCUACACAAAUCCUGAUGUUCCAAAAAACCUCACAGUGACUAACAUUACAACAAGCUCAUUGUUUCUGAUCUGGACUCGACCAAUAGGAGAAAGAUUUUUCUUUAAAGUACAGUGGAGUAAUGACAACAUAACAAUGAAUUCAACAACCAGAAACACUUUCUUUAACAUUACUGAUCUCAGGCCUGGAGUACAGUACACAUUCAAAGUGUUUGCAGUUGCUGCAGAUAAUAAAACGGAAGGAAAUUACAGCUGCGUUUCUGCCUACACAAAACCUGAUGUUCCAACAAACCUCACAGUGACUGACAUUACAACAAGCUCAUUGUUUCUGAUCUGGACUCAACCAAUAGGAGAAAGAUUUUUCUUUAAAGUACAGUGGAGUAAUGACAACAUAACAAUGAAUUCAACAACCAGAAACACUUUCUUUAACAUUACUGAUCUCAGUCCUGGAGUCAGUUACACCUUCCUGAUAUCUGCUGUUGCUGCAGAUAAUAUAACAGAAGGAGAAGCAGUUGGUCUUUCAGUCUAUACAAAGCCUGACACUGUUAGCAACCUCAUAGCAGUUAAUGUUACAACCACCUCUAUAUCACUGCAGUGGACUAAAGCAAUGGGGAAAAUUUCCCAUUAUGUAAUCAAAUAUGAGAAUUUCAAUACGACAGUCAGUGAGACUACUGAGAUCACCAGCAUUAACAUAAAUUAUCUGACUCCUGGAGUACAGUACACAUUCAAAGUGUUUGCAGUUGCUGCUGAUAAAACAACAGAAGGAAAUUACAGCUGUGUUUCUGCCUACACAAAACCUGAUGUUCCAAAAAACCUCACAGUGACUAACAUUACAACAAGCUCAUUGUUUCUGAUCUGGACUCGACCAAUAGGAGAAAGAUUUUUCUUUAAAGUACAGUGGAGUAAUGACAACAUAACAAUGAAUUCAACAACCAGAAACACUUUCUUUAACAUUACUGAUCUCAGACCUGGAGUACAGUACACAUUCAAAGUGUUUGCAGUUGCUGCAGAUAAUAAAACGGAAGGAAAUUACAGCUGCGUUUCUGCCUACACAAAACCUGAUGUUCCAACAAACCUCACAGUGACUGACAUUACAACAAGCUCAUUGUUUCUGAUCUGGACUCAACCAAUAGGAGAAAGAUUUUUCUUUAAAGUACAGUGGAGUAAUGACAACAUAACAAUGAAUUCAACAACCAGAAACACUUUCUUUAACAUUACUGAUCUCAGUCCUGGAGUCAGUUACACCUUCCUGAUAUCUGCUGUUGCUGCAGAUAAUAUAACAGAAGGAGAAGCAGUUGGUCUUUCAGUCUAUACAAAGCCUGACACUGUUAGCAACCUCAUAGCAGUUAAUGUUACAACCACCUCUAUAUCACUGCAGUGGACUAAAGCAAUGGGGAAAAUUUCCCAUUAUGUAAUCAAAUAUGAGAAUUUCAAUACGACAGUCAAUGAGACUACUGAAAUUACCAGAAUUACCAUAAAUAAUCUGACUCCUGGAGUACAGUACACAUUCAAAGUGUUUGCAGUUGCUGCAGAUAAUAGAACAGAAGGAAAUUACAGCUGUGUUUCUGCCUACACAAAACCUGAUGUUCCAAAAAACCUCACAGUGACUAACAUUACAACAAGCUCAUUGUUCCUGAUCUGGACUCGACCAAUAGGAGAAAGAUUUUUCUUUAAAGUACAGUGGAGUAAUGACAACAUAACAAUGAAUACAACAACCAGAAACACUUUCUUUAACAUUACUGAUAUCAGACCUGGAGUACAGUACACAUUCAAAGUGUUUGCAGUUGCUGCAGAUAAUAAAACGGAAGGAAAUUACAGCUGCGUUUCUGCCUACACAAAACCUGAUGUUCCAAAAAACCUCACAGUGACUGACAUUACAACAAGCUCAUUGUUUCUGAUCUGGACUCAACCAAUAGGAGAAAGAUUUUUCUUUAAAGUACAGUGGAGUAAUGACAACAUAACAAUGAAUUCAACAACCAGAAACACUUUCUUUAACAUUACUGAUCUCAGUCCUGGAGUCAGAUACACCUUCCUGAUAUCUGCUGUUGCUGCAGAUAAUAUAACAGAAGGAGAAGCAGUUGGUCUUUCAGUCUAUACAAAGCCUGGCACUGUUAGCAACCUCACAGCAGUUAAUGUUACAACCACCUCUAUAUCACUGCAGUGGACUGAAGCAAUGGGAAAAAUUUCCCAUUAUGUAAUCAAAUAUGAGAAUUUAAAUACGACAGUCAAUGUGACUAUUGAAAUCACCAGCAUUACCAUAAAUAAUCUGACUCCUGGAGUACAGUACACAUUUAAAGUGUUUGCAGUUGCUGCUGAUAAAACAACAGAAGGAAAUUACAGCUGUGUUUCUGUCUACACAAAUCCUGAUGUUCCAAAAAACCUCACAGUGACUAAAAUUACAACAAGCUCAUUGUUUCUGAUCUGGACUCAACCAAUAGGAGAAAGAUUUUUCUUUAAAGUACAGUGGAGUAAUGACAACAUAACAAUGAAUUCAACAACCAGAAACACUUUCUUUAACAUUACUGAUCUCAGUCCUGGAGUCAGUUACACCUUCCUGAUAUCUGCUGUUGCUGCAGAUAAUAUAACAGAAGGAGAAGCAGUUGGUCUUUCAGUCUAUACAAAGCCUGGCACUGUUAGCAACCUCACAGCAGUUAAUGUUACAACCACCUCUAUAUCACUGCAGUGGACUGAAGCAAUGGGGAAAAUUUCUCAUUAUGUAAUCAAAUAUGAGAAUUUCAAUACGACAGUCAGUGAGACUACUGAAAUCACCAUGAUUAACAUAAAUAAUCUGACUCCUGGAGUACAGUACACAUUCAAAGUGUUUGCAGUUGCUGCAGAUAAUAGAACAGAAGGAAAUUACAGCUGUGUUUCUGCCUACACAAAACCUGAUGUUCCAAAAAACCUCACAGUGACUAACAUUACAACAAGCUCAUUGUUCCUGAUCUGGACCCGACCAAUAGGAGAAAGAUUUUUCUUUAAAGUACAGUGGAGUAAUGACAACAUAACAAUGAAUUCAACAACCAGAAACACUUUCUUUAACAUUACUGAGCUCAGUCCUGGAGUACAGUACACAUUCAAAGUGUUUGCAGUUGCUGCAGAUAAUAGAACAGAAGGAAAUUACAGCUGUGUUUCUGCCUACACAAAACCUGAUGUUCCAAAAAACCUCAUAGUGACUAACAUUACAACAAGCUCAUUGUUUCUGCACUGGACUCAACCAAUAGGAGAAAGAUUUUUCUUUAUAGUAAAGUGGUGUAAUGACAACAUAACAAUGAAUACAACAUCCAGAAACACUUUCUUUAACAUUACUGAGCUCAGUCCUGGAGUCAGUUACACCUUCCUGAUAUCUGCUGUUGCUGCAGAUAAUAUAACAGAAGGAGAAGCAGUUGGUCUUUCAGUCUAUACAAAGCCAGACACUAUAAGAAAUCUGAUAUUCUCUGAAGUGACAACAGAAUCCAUGGCUCUUAAAUGGGAUGCACCUUCAGGACAGUGGUCUUUUUUUAGAGUGCAGUGGAUAAACAAAAUAACUUCUGCAACUGCAUUUAACAUCACUAAUCUAGAACCUGGAACAAAUUACACAUUUGCAGUAUCAGCUGUUGCUGCUGAUAAUAAAACAGAAGGAUCCCUGGUUAAUAUUUCCACUUGCACAGGUGCAAGUCCUGUCUCUGAAAUAAUCUGUGAAGGAACAAAUCGCAGUGCAACAGCGUUGCUGAACUUAACAUGGUGGAAUCCUCUAGGCAAUUAUGAAGGAUUCAACAUUGGUCUCAGUCCAACAACCAGUGACUUCAUUCCACCUUGCACUAAUGUCUGUAACCACAAUUACUCUAAAAACCUCAAAUACUUCACCACUUACAAUUUGACUAUUUCAACCAUUGGAUGUGGUGAGAAUGGCACAAGGGUCAUUAACUGCAGAACAGGAAUUACAGAGCCUCCAGUUCCCAGUAAGUCAGAAGACGUACCAAUAGAAAUCACUCGAAUAAACCACAGUUUAUUAAAUCUGCAAUUCAGUGCCAGCCUUCUGAAUGAUACUAAUGGACCAAUUGAAGUCUACGGUGUUCUGCUGUCAACUGACCCUCAAAUUAACAUCUCCAGGAGUUCCCUACUAAUGACCUAUAGUAACUGGCAAGAAGGGAAGACCAAGGCUUAUCUCACAGUUUUAAAAUUAAAUAAAAAUACCAGAAGCAACAUGAUUAUGGUUGUCAUUGGAAAUAACUCAGAUAUGCUCAAUAAUACAGAAUAUCAAAACGGACCUCUGGAUAAUCAGGAAUACAGGGUAGCUUUGGUUUUCUUCACCUACCUGGAAAUCAAUAACAGACUUGUGGACAUCCAGAAAUCAAUCUUCUCUAUAACACCUUUUUCCAAUUAUACUGCUAAACCAGUCGACCCCUCAUCAAAAACUGUUGCAAUUAUUUUGGGGGUGCUUUUGCCCAUGGUUGUUCUCUUGAUCUUCGCUGUCAUUUUCCUCAUCAUACAAAAAAGACGAAUUACAAAGGAGUAUACAGAUAUUCCGGUCAACAACUUAAGAUCUAAAAUAAGCAUUCCUGUGAGGGUGGAGGAUUUUGAGGCAUAUUUUAAAAAGCAGCAGUUAGAUUCCAACUGUGGCUUUGCUGAACAAUAUGAGGACCUUAAGGUUGUUGGAACAGCUCAGACCAAGAAUAGUGCCCUUGCCAUGGAGAACAAGGGGAAGAAUCGCUACAAUAAUGUACUACCUUAUGAUUCUUCAAGAGUAAAAUUGUCAGUACAUGGCAACCCCUGCGAUGACUACAUCAACGCAAACUAUAUUUCAGGUUACAACAGUAAGAAGGAGUACAUAGCAGCUCAGGGACCACUACCAGCUACUGUGAAUGAGUUCUGGAGAAUGAUCUGGGAAAAGAAUUGCCAUACCAUAGUCAUGCUGACCAAGUGCUAUGAGCAAGGGCGUGUUAAAUGUGAGAAAUACUGGCCACCAGAAGCCAAGCUGUACAACAAUAUCCUCGUGACAACAAUAUCAGAAAUUGAAUUGGAAGACUGGACUAUAAGGGACUUCACCGUCAAGAAUGUGAAAACAGCAGAGACAAGGCAAGUUAGACAAUUCCAUUUCACGGCCUGGCCCGAUCACGGCGUUCCAGAGACCACAGAGGUGCUCAUUAACUUCCGACACCUGGUCAGAGAGCACAUGGACAACUUCUCCCAUAACGCUCCAGCUGUAGUGCACUGCAGUGCUGGUGUGGGGAGGACUGGGACUUUUAUUGCCGUCGAUCACCUGACCUUUCAAAUUGAGAGGGAAAGCAUGGUUGACAUUUAUGGAAUUAUCUAUGACAUGCGUAUGCACAGACCACUAAUGGUUCAGACUGAGGAUCAAUACGUGUUCUUGAAUCAGUGUGCUUCGGACAUAAUUAAAUCCAGAAUGGGAACCAAUGUGGACCUAAUUUACCAGAAUACAGCAGCAUUUGCUAUCUAUCAGAAUGUGCAACGAUGAAGAAUGAAGGCUUUAAGAAAUGGCUUCCAGGUGACAUUUAGCUUGGGAUCAGGACGACAGGGAAAUUUUGUAGGAUUUUGUAAAAUAAGCAUGAGCCAUUUUAUUAUUUAACUGGAUAUCACAACAAUAUUGCUGUUCACUGACAAAUCUAUUUAUGAGGUAUGCUUUAACUUAAGUUAAUAUGCUUAUUCAUUCUUUACCCUAGGUUGCAAGACAGCAAAAAUUUUACUGAGAUAAUAUUCUUCAUAAAAGUGUACCUCUUAAAUUAUGAAAUCUAAAAAAUACAUAAGAUAUAUAUGAAAAUAAUGUAAUGUGAAAUGUGAGCUUUGUACUUUUUGAUAUUUGUUUUUUUUUCUUACAAACUUUUACACACUGUACAAUUUUUAGGCACAUAUUUGUACUCACACUGGACAUUUGGUUUCAUCAGUUCUUAAAUGGAUUUGUCUGUGACAAUUUUGUGGCUUUUGCUCACUUUAAAGUUGCAGAAUGUGUUAUGUUCUGUUACAGAACAUGCUGGGCUUUAGAGAUAAAUAGCCAUAGUGUAGUCACCAUUCCAUGGGACGUUAUGGCUAUGGGGGUCUUUAUUUGAAACCAUACUGAAGGUUUCUAAUAUUUUGUAAAUUUAUUUAAGACCUUCAUCAAGACUAUAAUACAUUACAUAUAAUCAGGGGAUAACACAUUUAUAGAGUGUAUAUGAAGUAUUCCUGGUGAAGGAAAAGAUGGAAGCACUGAAUAGUUAUAAGUUAAAAGCAAUGUGUUUGUUGUGAAGUCAUCAUGCCUUCAAAUAGUGUUGUCUUUCAUCCAGUGUGGAAAAAACUUGACUUCUAGGUUCGAGAAAAUGUUAGUACAUCCACACAAGACCUCAGCUCUACAACUCUCAGAACUAUAUAUAGGUUUCUGUGGGAAUCAGAAUGAUUUAGUCUAAAACUAAAAAAAGUCUAAAUUUUAGUCAACAGGUGUAGAAGUCUAGAUAAAUCAUAUAGUUCUAUCAGGCACACACUCCCCGUGACCCGAGGUAGUUUGGAUAAGUGGUAGAAAAUGAAUGAAUGAAUAUAAUCCUAUCAUGUGUUGCACAUGAAAAUACAUAAAAAAACACAGAUUCAGACUGCUCAGACAGGUAUGCACUAAAUGUUUAGAAUUAAUUCAACAUACUAGGUAAAUUUAUUGAACAGACCAUUCAUGAUUUUCUAUCACAUGGGUCGAGAAACUAAAUUUCAUGAGACCUUCAUGCUGAAAAACAACAGGGGUGCUCUUUUUCUUGAAGUAAAAACCUGAGCAUCUGUACACAUGUAUUUUGCUGUCACAUUUUCUAAGAAUGUUUGACAAGAGAAGCACAAGUUUAUUGAGGAUAUAAAACGGUGAUAUAAAAUGAAUUAGCACAGAAUCUUUCUCUGUUACUGUAGGAUCAAACUUGUAAUGCAAUGGUACUGCUAUGUACAUUCGUAUAAUUUAUUUUUGUUCAGCGCUGAAAUGCAUUUGCAUUGUUUAAUUGUCAAUAUAUAUACAAUAUAUAAUUCAUUUAUUAGGCUCUAGUAAUGAGUCUAUGAUGGCUGAAUUAUUUCUCUACUGUUAUAUGAUUUAAUCAGGCUUGUGCAAUAUUUUAUUAUUUUAUAUAUGUAUUUAUAGAGAUUUAUUGGUUCAAGUUGAAUGUAAAAUUCUGCCGGAUGUAUAUUUUUUAAAUUGUUAAAUUAAAGAUGUUUAGUUUUGCAAUGGAGAUUUUUUUUAUUAUUAUUAUUUACAUAGAAAUCUUGUAAUUGCUUUAUUCAUAUCCUACUUUCUGUUUGUUUUUUUUCUGCCAAACAUAUUUUGGUAAUAAAUGUGGUAAACAUGUCA